AGGUAAGCUUCCCGAUACCGACCGGAACAAUUGAUUUCGGAAGAAAAGGGGUAUUUCGGUCAAUUAUGCACUUUUUAUUUGAUGAAUUUAUUUACGGAUCUGCCAUUCUCCCCUUUCUUCAAAUCUCAUCUUCUAGUUAUCUAUCUAAUUCUCCUCUCUCUCUCUCUCACUCUCUGUGCUGAGUUUGAGCCUCACUGAGCGAGUUUCACUCUUGGACCACUCUCUCCUCCAUCGCUCUGUUUCUCUUCCAAUUCAAUCAAAAUCAUAAACCCUACGCUGAUUCUCAUGCUCAAUUAUGUUUGAUUCCUUAGUUCAAUUACUCUCUCAGUCGCCUAGGGCAUAUCUCAAUUUCUCGCAGAUUUAGGUGCUCAAUUUCUCAUGGAUGUUGCCGUCAAGCUGGAAUCGGAAUCCAAAACCGUUUCCAUGGAUCAGCCUCGGAAACUUUCCGUGGUGAAUGGUUACAUUGUUUAUACUCGAGCCAAGAGGUCCCUUGAUUCGUGUAACGGUUUUUCCGACGACGUGGAAUUCAAGUCGAAUGCGGAGGAACUUGCUGUAAGAACGGAGAACGGAGUUGAUUACUGCACGGGACAAGAUAGCGAGUGUAAGGAGCUGAAGAGUGAGUCUUCGGAGGUGGUGGUGAGGAAGUUCAAGAGGUGUAGGCGAUCGGCGUCGAAAGCGAGCGUUGAAAAUGGUGAUAAGAUGGUGACUGAGUCGGAACAAGUUGUUGCGAAUGGUGGAAUCAACGGUGCAUUAGGUACUCCCAGGAAUAAAAUGGAGCUGAAGAUGUCGAAGAAGAUUGUGGUCAAUAGGAAGCCUAUGACUGUUAAGGAGCUCUUCGAUACAGGUUUACUCGAUGGGGUUUCAGUAGUUUACAUGGGCGGCAUUAAGAAGGCUUCGGGAUUACGGGGUGUUAUUAGAGAUGGGGGAAUAUUGUGCUCGUGUUGCCUGUGCAAUGGACGGCGGGUUAUACCACCUUCCCAAUUUGAGAUCCAUGCUUGCAAACAAUAUAGGAGAGCAGCGCAGUAUAUUUGCCUUGAGAAUGGGAAGAGCCUGCUUGAUCUACUGAGAGCAUGCAGGGGAGCUCCCCUGCAUACUUUGGAGGUGACAAUUCAAAAUUUUGUUGGUUCUCCACCUGAAGAAAAAUAUUUUACUUGUAAAAGGUGUAAAGGAUGUUUCCCUUCUUCAUGUGUGGAAAGAGUGGGUCCCAUAUGCCGUUCUUGUGUGGAAUCAAGGAAAUCUGAAGAAAGUUCAAAUAACGCAGUUGGCAAAAGAGUUAGGUCCCCUAGACCAGUGUUGGUCUCCAACCCAUCGAGUACCUCCGAGCUGUCUUUCUCUUCACAAAUUAAGAGACACCGGAAGAAAAGAACAAAGUCACCGAAAAGGGUUAGCAGCUCAAAUUCCCUCAAGAAUGCUUCUGCGCCUGCUCUAUCCCAGAAGAAAAUUUUGUUGAAGAAGAAAAAGAAGUCACUGCCGGUAAAAUUGAAGUCCCCAGAAGUUACUUCAAAUUCAAAAUGUUUAUCUAACAAGAAUCAUUGGAAGAUAACUAAGAAGGAUCAGCGGUUGCAUAAGUUAGUUUUUGAGGAAGAUGGAUUGCCUGAUGGAACUGAAGUAGCAUAUUAUGCACGUGGGCAGAAGUUGCUUGAAGGUUUCAAAAUGGGCUCUGGAAUUGUUUGUCGAUGCUGCAACACUGAGAUCAGCCCCUCACAGUUUGAGGUCCAUGCAGGCUGGGCUUCUCGCAAGAAACCUUAUGCGUAUAUUUACACAUCAAACGGGGUGUCUCUCCAUGAGUUAGCAAUAUCUCUCUCAAAGGAUCGAAAAUACUCUGCGAAGGACAAUGAUGAUCUAUGCAUUGUUUGUUGGGAUGGUGGAAAUCUGUUGCUUUGUGAUGGAUGCCCUAGAGCAUUUCAUAAAGAAUGUGCAGCUCUAUCUAGUAUUCCGCGUGGUGACUGGUAUUGUCAAUUUUGCCAAAACAUGUUUCAGAGAGAAAAGUUUGUGGCACACAACGCCAAUGCUGUUGCAGCUGGAAGGGUUGAAGGAGUUGAUCCAAUUGAACAGAUUACCAAUAGAUGCAUUCGCAUAGUCAAGGACAUUGAAGCUGAGCUUAGUGGGUGUGCUUUAUGCAGGGGUGUUGAUUUCAGCAGAUCUGGCUUUGGUCCACGCACAAUAAUACUCUGUGACCAGUGUGAAAAGGAAUAUCAUGUUGGCUGUUUGAGGGAUCACAAGAUGGCAUAUUUAAAGGAAUUGCCAGAAGGAAAUUGGCUUUGUUGCAACGAUUGCGCAAGAAUACAUUCUACUUUGGAGAACCUGUUGGUUAGAGGGGCUGAGAGACUCCCUGAAUCUCUCUUGGAUGUUCUAAAGAAGAAGCAAGAGGAAAAAGGAUUAGAACCCAUAAAUGAUGUAAGAUGGAGGCUUCUUAGUGGCAAGAUUGCUUCUCCUGAAACUAGAACAUUGCUUUUGGAGGCUGUGUCAAUUUUUCAUGAAUGCUUUAAUCCUAUAGUUGAUGCAGCUAGUGGACGUGACCUUAUUCCAGCCAUGGUUUAUGGAAGGAAUGUGCGAGGUCAGGAGUUUGGAGGAAUGUAUUGUGCAUUACUAAUAGUCAAUUCAUCUGUGGUAUCUGCGGGCAUGCUUCGAAUUUUUGGCACAGAUAUUGCUGAACUCCCUUUAGUUGCAACAAGUAACAGGAACCAUGGAAAAGGUUACUUCCAAACACUAUUCUCCUGCAUCGAGAGGCUACUGGCUUUCUUGAAUGUGAAGAACCUUGUGCUGCCAGCUGCAGAAGAAGCAGAAUCCAUAUGGACGGAUAAGUUUGGGUUUAGCAAGAUGCAACCCGAUCAGCUUACCAACUACCGAAAGAACUGCAAUCAGAUGGUCACAUUCAAAGGGACAAAUAUGCUACAUAAAAUGGUACCUCCAUGUCGGAUCAUCAAUAAUCAAUUAUGACCAUUGUUUUUUAGAAAAUUCAAUCGUGAAAGGGGAAAACUCCUAGCUUUCUCGCAUCCCUUUUUCCUUUCUGCUGGUUUUGUAUAUGUAUUAACUUUUGGCUAUUUAAAGCCAUUCUUGUACCGUUCUUGCCAAUUGUUUAAACAUUUAUAACGUCACAUGUUCUCUUUUAAUAUUUUAGUUUAUGUUAAGAAUACACAAGUUCUUGAUCUUCACCUAGUGCUUUGAAAUAUAAAAUAUCUAUCACUAUUUAGCGUCGGUAGUUGUUGCCGCCCACCACAUAAAGAUGAGUAAUCGGGAUACAAGAUGUAACAUUGUGACUUAUAGACUAUAGUUUUAUAUGCUGUGCGGCCGUUGUGUUUAUGUUUAAGAAUUAUGGUUUUCUUUGGUACAUUCUCUCUGUAUUUUUUUAAUUUUCGGUACAUCUUAGAAUUUUGAUACGGCAUAUUAAUAUUGAAUUAUUUUAGUGUAUAGAGCUUGAAAGUGGUAGAAAUCCUAGUAGUCUUCUUGAGGGUUGGUAGGUGAAAGAAAUGCCUCAUUUUAGCGCAAGCAACUUCGGUUCUGAAUUCAUGAAAUCUAUUGCAAUCUUUUUUCCUGC